AUGGGCUUCGCUUCACUUCUGCACCCGCUCACCUAUCGGCCAGAUUCCUCCGAGUCGGACGCCACUACGGUCAAUCCCAUCUCAGAGCCGGUUAUCCGGUGUGUCACGUGCGAGGUGUUCGGGGGAGGUGCUGUGCUCGUUGUGCCAGGACAGAAGACGUGUUUUGACGGAUGGACACACCAAUAUAGUGGCUACCUAGUUUCACUGCCUAACUCUUCUGGAUAUUCAGCUGCUCUAUGUUUAGAUGUGGAGGCCUAUAACAGCAUAACGGAUAAACAAUUUGCCAAAACAGCAUCAGGACUUUAUCAUGUUGGUGUGGUUGGAUUAUUGGCGCUUGAUGAUACUUCUCUGCUCACAUGUGUCGUAUGCACUAAAUGA